UUGCCUCUCAUCGUGUACCACUCUGUACAGUAAACAAAGAAAAGAUCAUUCCCAUACGUAUAUUUAUACCUACGCUUGCUAAUUUCCCUGAUUUUCCUGCUGCUUCUCUUUCAAUCCACGUUUCUUUUCCUUCGGCUCGGCACAUUCUUCCUCUACUUCACUCAAUUUUUUCUGGGUUGCGAUAUACGAAUGUAUAUGUGUAGGUGUAGAGAGAGAGAGAGAGAGGAGAGAAAUAGUAGAUAAACGGCUGUAUUUUGCAGUUACUACAAGAACCCGAAACCCCUCGAUCAGGUUUUUUUGGUGGGUUGGGGGGUGGGGUGUCCUUUUUUUCUUCUUUUUGAUUCAUUAUUGCUCUUUAUCUGGGUGGUAAUUGAGGAGUUGGGUUCGAUUAAUUGGUCAGAAAGAUUGGGGUUUAAUUUCGGCUGUGAUGACUUGCAAUGCUGCGGAUGAGGAUCUUAGGCUGGGGGGAGAUUACGUGAAAUUGGAGGAGGGCGGUGGUGAGUGUGGGGCCCGCUGGCGGGUGCAGACGUCGACGUCGACGUCGACGUCGGGUUGUUGUGGUGGUAGUAGUGAUAGUGGCGGUGGCGGAGGGUGGUGGUGGUCUUGGUGGUGGUGGGCGAAGCUGAUUCUGGUGGUGGUGUUUGUUGCCGUGUUGGGUGCGGUUUUCUUCAAAUGGGUCGGACCCUUUUUCAUGGAUAAGGAGAUCAUCCCCAUAAUAAUUUGGGAGAGGAAAACGUUCAGCACAACAAUGCUAGCGCUGAUAGUGUUUGGUUCUCUGACAAUAUUUCCAACUCUUCUUUUACCUUCUACACCUUCCAUGUGGGUGGCUGGAAUGACUUUUGGAUAUGGUUAUGGAUUUCUGCUGAUUAUUGGAGCAGUGCCUAUUGGUGUCUCUAUACCUUACUUCAUUGGUUCACUUUUCUGUCAUAGAAUCCAUAUGUGGUUAGAAAAGUAUCCAAAGAAAGCUUCUAUCAUAAGACUGGCAGGUGAAGGAAAUAGGUUUAAUCAGUUCCGAGCUGUUGCCUUGAUUAGGGUUUCUCCUUUCCCUUAUGUUGUAUAUAACUACUGUGCUAUGGCUACGGAUGUGAAGUAUGGUCCUUACUUGUUGGGGACGCUGGUAGGCAUGGUGCCAGAAAUAUUUGUUGCACUUUACACUGGCAUCCUCAUUAAAACUUUGGCUAAUGCUUCACAUGAUCGGCACUCCCUCUCAGCUUCCCAGAUUAUUUUCAAUGUGAUUGGCUUUUGCGUUACUGUGGCCACGACAGUGAUAAUUACGUUAUACGCAAAAAGACGACUCAAAGAGCUCCAGAUGCAAGAGGAGCUAUUACUGCAGUGAUCUUAUAUUUGUUGCCGGCUUGGUCAAGUUUUGAAUGGCAAUGAUCAGUGAGAUUAUGAAUAUAUGAUUAUACAAGAACUUGUUGGUUGCUGGUUUCUUAUAAGUGCGUCAUGGUACAGUUUUUCUCGAAGGGAAAUGGCGUUGAGUACAUAACAGCUAAUGAAACUAAUACUGUAGUUCAUAUAUUAUCAAUGAAGAAAAUCUGUUCAUGAUCCUUUUGAUGGCUUUGCUCUUUCAUUUGCAAGAUCGAGCGUGUUUGUAUUUAAUCGAAAUCACAGCCUCUUCAAGGGCGAUGCUCUUGGGAGAUCUCUAUAUUACCAAUUUACUUAUGUAGUCUUUAUAUAGUGCCUGUAUUCUAUGUA